CGACGUAGACAAGACGGAGCUGAACUGAAAACAGAAUGUAACGAGCUGUGAGGAAAUGCGUUCAGUUUUGGAUAAAGAUGGCCCGGUAGGGCGGUGUUUGUCCGCUUUUCUAAAGCAUUGGCUCAUGGCGCAUCAGUGCCGCCCAUUUGGUGACAUCCGGUGAUAACAUCAAACUAAAAAACGGUAAAGUUACAAUAAGGGAAAUUUAGGUAGAAGCGAAAGCUGCCUGUCUCCUGAGCACUUCACACGGCAGCAGCGGCGCACACUACGAGUAAACCAGAGUACAUGCUACCGCAGCGGGCACAGAGCUUCAUCCACACGACGGAACACCCUGGAAAAGACGGAGCCACACCAGGAGGAUGCCCAGCGCCGAGGACUGGAACUGAAAAUCGCCACGGCAAAAUGUGAAAUGAACCGGGAGAGACCAGCGACCGAGGCCAACGACAGAAUGUUGGUCCGGAGCUCGUACGGCCGAGGCCGAGCCAAAGUGACUCAUGCGGUGGUUGUGAUCUUCCUGGAGUUCUUCGCCUGGGGGCUACUGACCACGCCCAUGCUGACCGUCCUUCAUGAGACAUUUCCUCAGCACACCUUCCUGAUGAACGGCCUGGUGCAGGGCGUGAAGGGUUUGCUGUCGUUUCUGUCGGCUCCUCUGAUUGGUGCUCUGUCUGAUAUCUGGGGCAGGAAGUCCUUCCUCCUCAUGACGGUCUUCUUCACCUGCGCCCCCAUCCCCUUCAUGAGGCUCAGCCCCUGGUGGUACUUCGCUCUGAUCUCAGUCUCAGGGAUUUUCGCCGUGACCUUCUCUGUGGUCUUUGCUUAUGUCGCCGACAUCACGGAGGAGCACGAGAGGAGCACCGCCUACGGACUGGUGUCGGCUACCUUCGCUGCCAGUCUGGUGACGAGCCCGGCCAUCGGGGCCUACCUGUCGGCUGAGUACGGAGACAGCCUGGUGGUCCUGGUUGCCACGGUGAUUGCAGUGAUAGACAUCGCCUUUGUGUUCUUUGUGGUCCCGGAGUCGCUGCCGGACAAGAUGAGGCUGACGUCGUGGGGAUUCCCCAUCUCCUGGGAGCAGGCUGACCCAUUCGCUUCUCUACGUCGAGUCGGGAAAGACACCACAGUGCUGCUGAUCUGCGUCACCGUCUUCCUGUCCUACCUGCCUGAAGCCGGACAGUACUCCAGCUUCUUCCUCUACCUGAGACAGGUGAUCGAGUUUUCUCCUGAAGCCAUCGCUGCCUUCAUCGCUAUGGUGGGAAUCCUCUCCAUCAUCGCUCAGACUGUCUUCUUCAGUGUUCUGAUGAGGACCAUCGGUAAUAAGAACACGGUUCUGCUCGGUCUGGGCUUCCAGCUCUUCCAGCUGGCCUGGUAUGGUUUUGGGUCCGAGCCUUGGAUGAUGUGGGCAGCGGGGACGGUGGCAGCCAUGUCCUCCAUCACCUUCCCAGCAGUCUCUGCUCUGGUGUCACACAGCGCUUCACCUGACCAACAAGGUGUGGUUCAGGGGAUGAUCACAGGUAUCCGAGGUCUGUGUACCGGUUUGGGUCCAGCUCUCUACGGCUUCAUCUUCUUCCUCUUCAACGUGGAGCUGAUCGACAUGCCACCGGUGGCAGGAAGAACCUCACAGAGCUCAGAGAAGUCGCUCAUCCCGGGUCCUCCCUUUCUGUUCGGGGCAUGCGCCGUCUUAUUGGCUCUGGUGGUCGCCUUCUUCAUCCCCACCCACCACCAACUGGCCGACGUCAAGACCUGCUCAACCAGCAAGACUGGUAGCAGCUCCUUCGCACAUGCUCAGAACGCUGGCCCUCUGGCCACGCCCACCAGUGACACGGAGGACAUUGAACCCCUCCUACAGGACAGCAGCAUGUGACUGACAGACGGCCAAUCAGCUGCAGCCGACAUUUCUCUACACGACUGAAGAUAUUUAUUAUUAGCUUCUGUUUUCAGUGUAACAUCACCUUUAGUCCUCUGGUCAUAUCCAAGCACCCUGGAGCAGGUAGCAACAAAGACCACGUCUCCAUGACUCAAAACCCACAGGUAAACUGGAGAACCUCCACCACCAGGAGGGAGCAACGCGCUCCCUCACACUGAGCACGCGCAAAGCCCUGUGACAUCAUCGUCCUCCCAGCGUGGAAAUCGACUCAUGGCGUCAGAAAUGAGAUCAUGUUGAGUUUUUUGUGGGCAGGAGUUGCCAUGGUGGGAGUUUUUCAGACUCCUGGUUUUCCUGCUUUAGAUGUUCCUGCUUAAGAAAAACAUGAACUGAUCAGUAUCGUCGUCUCCUGAGCUGCUCUGGUUUUACCCACCUCUCCUCAGUCGUCAUGCUUGGAGGAGUCAAAGUCAGUCUGAGAGUUCCUGAUGUUUUUUUUUUUUUGUCAGCUCAGAACGAAGAACCAAACGAUGCCAUGACCGAUUUUUAUUCUCCAUGUUUCUGUUGCUUAUUUGACUGUUUCAUCAUUCUCUUUUUGUUCUAAAUGACAGACCGAGACAUUCCUGAUAAGAUGCCACAGAAACAGUCCUGUUGCCAUGAUUACAGCCAGGAGAUGCUGUAGCUUAGCAACCGUAACCGUACUGUUUCUGCUGGUUUAAAGACCCUCGUGGCCUGAUGAUCGGGCUCAUCUUACUAGUUACAGAACGCGGUCGUAUAAACUGAGCUUACUGUCACAUGAUCCCGUCUGUGUUAAGUUUUAUCCUGAUGUUACUGAUGAUGCUUCACUUUUCUGUAAAACUGUCUGAAAACAACAGUCGGGAACUAAUGAGUAUUCACGCUGCUGGAAUGCUUCCUGUGGAUUUCUGCAUCAACACUGAACAGAAGCUGGAACUUUGAAAUUCAGAUAAAAUCACAAUUCAAUUAUUUUCCUAAAUCGUCCAGAAAUCAGGCUCAGAUGAGUAAAUCUGGACCGUAGUGUCAUCUUCUUGGUUCAGUAUUCCUGCCCCCAAUGUGAUGGAUCAGUUUUUUGUUCAGGAUCAGGCUCGUGGUGAGUCCUGACUCCAGUUUUCAGACAGACCGUUCCCUUCAGACUCCUCAUAUAGACCCCCCUACAGAACGCUGCAUUCAGGUUCUGUGCAGAGUGUCUGAAGUCGUAUUUUCUCACCGGACUCACUUCUGCCUCCUGCAGACACACCUGAGCGCCUGUGCUGAGGUAGAUGAUGGUGUGGAGUCUCAUGGUGGUUCUGAGACUUUUCAGCUUUAGUUUGACCUUUAACUCCUCUGAGACGGCGUCUCAGCUCCAACAGAUCCAGAAGGCUCUGUUAGAACUUUUCCUGAUGCCGAGCAGAACCUGCAGACUGAAUCUGUGGCUUUUCUGUCCCAGAGUAACGUGAAUAGUCUGGGAGUAUGUUGGGAGCUCUGGUCUGAGUGAGGUCUGAAGCGCUGACGGGACCACCGACCUGAUGACGUUACUGAAGCAUUUCCAAACUCGUGUCCUCCCGCUGAUCUAAGAAUCCACAGGUUUACUAAGAAGAGUUUUAUUUGAGCUGAUAGAGCAGAAAAGGAAACGUAUGCAGUAUUCAUGUUCCUCCUCCUCUUCCUCCUCCUCCUCCUCUUCCUCCUCUGUGUACAUGAUGCAGAACAUUUGCUGCACUUUACUCUCUGAACGCGUGCCUCUAGUCAUUCAUGUUCAUAUCCGUUUUUAUAUAUAAACUGAGAAAGACAUCGUUCUUUUAUUGUAAAAACAUAAUUUUGAAUAUUAAUAUCUGAUGAUAAUAAAGAGAAACGGAAGGA